UGUGGGCAGUCGUCGUCAAUCGUCUUCUGCAGAUAUUGUACGUUUUGUUUAAUAUCAAAAUGGCGGCCAUACCAAGGACCCAUGAAGAUAUUGAAGCUCAAAUUCGUGAAAUUCAAUCGAGGAAGAAAGAAAUCAAUGAAGAUGGACUAACGGAGAAAGAACGAGUAGGGUUAGGGGAGAGUGGCUUUUACGAUAGGGAUAUAUACGACGGCGGAGGCAAGUUUGAAGGCUACGUCACAUCUAUUGCUGCCAAUGAUGAAAUUGAAGAUGAUGAGUACGAUGUUCCUUCGUUUCCCCAGAACAAGCGGGCUGGUUUUACUGCCCCACUUGCAUUACUUAAUGAUAUUGCACAGAGCGAGUCGGAUUAUGACCCUUUUGCGGACAGGCGGCAGAAAACUGCUGCCGAAAAGGAGGACGAGUACAGACAGAAACGCCGCCGCAUGAUUAUAUCACCCGAGCGAAUUGAUCCAUUCGCCGAAGGAGCUAAAACUCCCGAUGUCGGGUCCAGGACAUACACGGAGAUUAUGCGAGAGCAGCUGCUCCGAGGAGAGGAGAGUGAGUUGAGGAAGAAGUUGAUCGAGAAGGCCAAGGAGGGAACGCUGAAGCCGGUUACCAACGGAGAGGCCAAGCCUGCGCCUAAGAAGCGAGGACGUUGGGAUCAGACUGCGGACGGAGACUCCACUCCUGCCAAGAAGACCAAGGCAGGACUACCAACCGACUCUCCUUGGGACAAAGAGGAUGCAACACCCGCAACGACACGCUGGGACGAGACCCCUGGCCACGGCAAGGGAGGUGAGACCCCUGGUGCUACUCCAGGGGCCAGCACACGGAUGUGGGACGCCACCCGUCAUGCCACCCCUGGCCACGCCACCCCCGGCCGCGAGACACCCUCGCACGACAAGAUCACCUCCAGCAGACGCAACCGCUGGGAUGAGACACCCAAGACCGAGCGAGAGACACCUGGACAGAGUGGGUGGGCUGAAACUCCUCGCACAGAGCGGAGCGGAGGUGGAGAUCUGAUACAGGAAACCCCCACUCCGGGAGCCAGCAAGCGGCGGUCGCGCUGGGACGAGACCCCCUCCAGCCAGAUGACUCCUGGGGCUGCAACUCCUGUUACUCCUCACCCCUCCACCCCCCUGCUCACCCCAAGCGGUGUGACCCCCACCGGCCAGAAGGCUAUGGCUAUGGCCACUCCCACACCAGGUCAUCUGAUGACUAUGACGCCAGAACAGCUGCAGGCUUACCGUUGGGAGAGAGAGAUCGACGAGAGGAACCGCCCUCUCACAGACGAUGAACUGGACUCCAUGUUCCCGCCAGGCUACAAGGUCCUCACCCCACCUGCAGGAUACAUUCCGAUUCGAACUCCUGCCAGAAAGCUGACUGCCACCCCAACCCCCAUCGUCGGUACUCCCACAGGAUUCUUCAUGCAGACAGAGGACAAGUCAGCCAAAUACGUGGAUAAUCAGCCGAAAGGAAAUCUCCCCUUCUUGAAACCAGAAGAUGCCCAGUAUUUUGAUAAACUAUUGGUGGAUGUGGACGAGGAAUCACUCAGCCCCGAGGAGCAGAAGGAACGGAAGAUAAUGAAGCUCCUGUUGAAGAUCAAGAAUGGCACGCCGCCAAUGCGGAAAGCUGCCCUGCGACAGAUCACUGACAAAGCGAGAGAGUUUGGAGCAGGACCUCUGUUCAACCAGAUCCUCCCACUGCUCAUGUCCCCCACCCUGGAGGAUCAGGAUCAGGAGAGACACUUGUUAGUCAAGGUCAUCGACAGAAUCCUCUACAAACUGGACGAUUUGGUUCGACCCUACGUUCACAAGAUUCUGGUGGUGAUCGAGCCGCUGCUGAUUGAUGAGGACUACUACGCCCGUGUGGAGGGCAGAGAGAUCAUCUCCAACUUGGCUAAGGCAGCAGGUCUCGCCACCAUGAUCUCCACCAUGAGACCCGACAUUGACAACAUCGAUGAGUACGUGAGGAACACCACAGCCCGAGCCUUUGCUGUCGUGGCUAGUGCCCUCGGCAUCCCCUCGCUCUUGCCCUUCCUGAAGGCCGUCUGCCGCAGCAAGAAGUCCUGGCAAGCCAGACACACAGGUAUAAAGAUCGUGCAGCAGAUUGCAAUCCUGAUGGGAUGUGCUAUACUCCCCCACUUGAAGAGUCUGGUGGAGAUUAUUGAGCACGGUCUGGUCGACGAGCAGCAGAAGGUGCGGACCAUCACCGCCUUGGCCAUCGCAGCUCUCGCUGAGGCUGCCACGCCGUACGGUAUCGAGAGUUUUGACUCCGUACUCAAACCGCUCUGGAAGGGUAUCAGAACACACAGAGGAAAGGGUCUGGCUGCAUUCUUGAAAGCCAUUGGUUACUUGAUCCCGCUCAUGGACGCUGAGUAUGCAAACUACUAUACAAGAGAAGUGAUGUUGAUUCUGAUCCGAGAGUUCCAGUCUCCCGAUGAAGAAAUGAAAAAGAUUGUAUUGAAGGUAGUAAAGCAGUGUUGUGGCACUGAUGGUGUGGAGUCUCAGUACAUCAAAGAUGAGAUUUUACCUCAUUUCUUUAAACACUUUUGGAAUCACAGAAUGGCUCUGGACAGAAGGAAUUAUAGACAGCUUGUGGACACCACCGUGGAGAUAGCCAACAAGGUAGGAGCGUCGGAGAUCAUCAACCGCGUGGUGGAUGACCUCAAGGACGAGAACGAGCAGUACCGUAAGAUGGUGAUGGAGAGCAUUGAGAAGACCAUGGCCAACCUUGGUGCCGCAGACAUAGACUCUCGACUUGAGGAACAGCUUAUCGACGGCAUCCUGUACGCCUUCCAGGAGCAGACAAUAGAGGAUGUUGUGAUGUUGAAUGGAUUCGGCACCAUCGUGAACCAGUUGGGCAAGCGAGUGAAGCCUUACCUGCCACAGAUCUGCGGAACAAUCUUGUGGCGUCUCAACAACAAGUCGGCCAAGGUGCGACAACAGGCUGCUGAUCUCAUCUCCAGAAUUGCUGUUGUCAUGAAAACCUGCCAAGAGGAGAAACUGAUGGGUCACUUGGGAGUAGUGCUGUAUGAGUACUUGGGUGAGGAGUACCCUGAAGUGUUAGGCAGCAUUCUGGGAGCCCUGAAAGCUAUUGUCAAUGUUAUCGGAAUGACCAAGAUGACACCGCCGAUCAAAGACCUUCUGCCGAGGUUGACACCCAUUCUGAAGAACAGACACGAAAAGGUACAAGAGAACUGCAUCGAUCUGGUGGGCCGCAUCGCAGACAGAGGGCCUGAGUAUGUGUCUGCCCGAGAGUGGAUGAGGAUCUGUUUCGAGCUGUUAGAGUUGCUCAAGGCCCACAAGAAAGCAAUUCGGAGAGCAACUGUUAACACAUUCGGUUACAUCGCCAAAGCGAUUGGUCCACACGAUGUACUGGCCACGCUGCUCAACAACCUGAAAGUGCAGGAGAGACAGAACCGAGUGUGCACGACGGUGGCCAUCGCCAUCGUGGCCGAGACCUGCUCGCCAUUCACAGUUCUACCUGCGCUCAUGAACGAGUACCGAGUGCCCGAGCUCAAUGUCCAGAACGGAGUGCUCAAGUCACUGUCGUUCCUCUUCGAGUACAUUGGUGAGAUGGGCAAGGACUACAUAUAUGCCGUUACCCCUCUUCUGGAGGAUGCCCUCAUGGACAGGGAUCUGGUGCACAGACAGACAGCCUGUGCUGCCAUCAAGCACAUGGCCCUGGGAGUGUACGGGUUCGGCUGUGAGGAUGCCCUGAUACAUCUGCUGAACCACGUGUGGCCCAAUAUCUUCGAGACCUCUCCCCACUUAGUGCAGGCAUUCAUGGACUCCAUAGAGGGCCUGAGAGUGGCCCUGGGCCCUAUGAAGAUCCUCCAGUACACACUGCAGGGCCUGUUCCACCCGGCACGCAAGGUGCGAGACGUCUACUGGAAGAUAUACAACUCCCUGUACAUCGGCGGUCAGGACACCUUGGUGGCUGGCUAUCCCAGGAUACACAAUGAUCCAAAGAACCAAUAUAUCCGAUACGAGCUCGACUACAUUGUCUAACUUGACUAACUCUUGCACCUAAUUACACACUGUCACUUGUAUAUGUACAAAUUUAUGUAUCUUAAUGGUUUUGUAAAUAAAACUAUAAAAUAUGA